AUGCCGCAUCUCCGGGUGACCCCGAACCAGGUCAUCCUGGGAGCGGCCAUCGCCGCCUGUAGCAGAGGGGCGCAGACGCAGGAAGCAUUGGGGCUGCUAAAGGAGAUCUGGUCGUCGAGGCAGCGCCCGAGCAAGAUCAGCUACAACGCCGUGAUCACUGCCCAUCAGCGACGCGGACACUGGCAAAUGGCACUCCAACUGCUCUCAGACAUGCCUUACGCAAGCCUCGUUCCUGACAUGUUUAGCUUCAACGCGGCGAUGAGCGCCUGCGAGCGGGGAGGACAGUGGCCGAUGGCCCUGAAGCUGCUUUUCGAAGACAUGGCUUCGCUGGCACAGGAGCCUGACAUCUUCAGCUUCAACGCGGCCAUCAGCUCUUGUGAGAAGGUGGGCCACUGGGGGAUGGCCCUCUUCCUUCUGGCCCAAGUGCCCGACUUCUCCAAGAGCUGA